AUGACUGUCUUCAAUAACUCUGCUCUAUAUCCUCAAUUCCUUCUAACAGGCUUUCAAGGAUUGGAAGCCAAGUAUAGUCUGAUCUCCCUUCCCAUCUGCCUGAUCUACAUUAUUUCAAUUGCAGGAAACAUCACCAUCCUCUUCAUCAUUAGGACAGAGCCCUCACUCCACCAGCCUAUGUACUACUUUCUCUCCAUGUUAGCCCUGGCAGACCUGGGUCUGUCUACUGUGACCCUGCCCACUAUGGUCAGUGUGUUUUGGUUCCAUGCUCGAGAUAUCUCCUUUGCUGCUUGUGCAGUCCAAAUGUACUUCAUUCAUGUGUUCUCUAUCACUGAGUCAGCUAUAUUGCUGGCCAUGGCAUUUGACCGUGUUGUGGCCAUCCGGGAGCCACUACGUUAUUCAGCUAUCCUCACUAAUAAUAUAAUCAUUAGGAUUGGACUUGCCAGUGCUGGAAGAGCCCUUAUCCUUCUCUUCCCAGUCCCUGUCCUCUUGAAAAGGUUGCAGUUCCAAAACAUCACUACCCUCUCCUACCCCUUCUGUCUGCACCAGGAUCUUAUCAAGCUGACAGUGUCCAGCCCGAGGAUCAGCAGCAUCUAUGGCCUCAUAGUAGUCAUCUCUUCAACGGGAGUAGACUCAGUAUUACUGCUUCUGUCCUAUAUACUCAUCCUGGUCACAGUGUUGAGUGUUGCCUCUAAGACAGAGCGUGCCAAAGCUCUCAACACCUGCAUAUCCCAUAUCUGUGCUGUGCUCAUCCUCUACAUACCCAUGAUUGGGUUAUCCAUAAUAAGUCGCUUUGGGCAAAAUGUCUCCCCAGUGCUCCAUGUGUUGAUGGCUGAUGUCUACCUGCUUGUCCCACCACUCAUGAACCCUAUUGUGUAUAGUGUCAAGACCAAGCAGAUUCGCCUGUGCAUCCUCAAGAAGUUCAUAAAACAGAAGGGAUAG